AUGUUAUGGAAGGAGAAGUCUGGUUUGGAUGUAGAUGAAGAAGUUAAGGAAGCAAAAGAAGGAGUUAAAGAUGGGGAAGAAGUGAAGGAAGGAGAAGAAGUUAGGGAAGAAGAAGAAGUUUUGAAUGGAGAAGAAGUCAAGGAUAAAGAAGAAAUUAUGGAUGGGGAGGAAGUUAAGGAGGGAGAGAUGAUUAUUAUGGAUGGUGAAGAAGUCAAGGAAGGAGAAGAAGUCAAGGAAGGAGAAGAAGUCAAGGAAGGAGAAGAAGUCAUGGACGGAGAAGAUGUUAUGGAAGGAGAAGCUGGUUUGGAUGUAGAUGAAGAAGUUAAGGAAGCAAAAGAAGGAGUUAAGGAUGGAGAAGAAGUUAAGGAUGGGGAAGAAGUUAAGGAUGGAGAAGAAGUUAGGAAAGAAGAAGAAGUUUUGAAUGGAGAAGAAGUCAAGGAUAAAGAAGAAAUUAUGGAUGGGGAGGAAGUUAAGGAGGGAGAGAUGAUUAUUAUGGAUGGUGAAGAAGUCAAGGAAGGAGAAGAAGUCAAGGAAGGAGAAGAAGUCAUGGACGGAGAAGAUGUUAUGGAAGGAGAAGCUGGUUUGGAUGUAGAUGAAGAAGUUAAGGAAGCAAAAGAAGGAGUUAAGGAUGGAGAAGAAGUUAAGGAUGGGGAAGAAGUGAAGGAAGGAGAAGAAGUUAGGGAAGAAGAAGAAGUUUUGAAUGGAGAAGAAGUCAAGGAUAAAGAAGAAAUUAUGGAUGGGGAGAAAGUUAAGGAGGGAGAGAUGAUUAUUAUGGAUGGUGAAGAAGUCAAGGAAGGAGAAGAAGUCAUGGACUGGAUAAGAUAUUAUGAAAGGAUAAAAUGGUUUGGAUGGAGAAGAAGUUAG